AGUCACAUACGCCACUCCGAUCUCACCGAACAAGUCGUGUUUCCCCAGUGACUCCACACAAUACCCGAUAAACUGCUCCUCCACAAGUUUCCCCAUUACCCGAGAAGUGUCAUCACCCGCGAAGCCCCCAAACCCCGUGAAAAUGUAUCGUACAUCAUAGCGCCAUGUUCAAUCGCGUCGUUCCGCGUCAUUCCCGGGUUCACGCGAGUUGAUAAUCCCUCAGGAUCUCCAAACCCCCCUCAAGAACUCCCAAAAAACAAACCUCCACCUGUGAUUAUCAGCGCUGCAGUCGUCCCCGUAGUGUCAAUCUCCCUCCCCCCCCCCUCGUCCAUGUCCCCCCCAAAACAACAAAAAUAACCCAAUUAAUUAGUGAUGUGAUUCAACGUUUAUGGAGUCGAAGUGACAAGCGAUUUUUGCUGGAUUAAAGUGCAAUUGUGACUAAGUCGUGCGCAUUUGGAUACUGGUUACCUCCAUAGACGAGUUUUGAGGUUAUUUUAGUACCACAUGUAACUGACCUACACUAGACACCAGUGGAAGACCCAGUGAUCGGUUUAUUUAACGUCUGACUGUGAAGCUGAGAGGUCCAUCCUCCAGAGUCAUCAGUUUCUUUGUUCUCGACGAAUCGAGUGAAACAUUUCAAUUGCUGUCGUUACAUCAGCCCUCGAUUCCACGUUAGCUGGUGGACAUGAAAGUGUCAUCGGUGGAUUCUUGACCGGUCAACAGUCGUAAACUCAGUGGAGAUGACAGCUGGUGUUGAUGGCACUGCUUGAUGACAUCUGAGUACUUACUCCGUAUUUUUAUUUUAUUUACUUACGUUUCUGUGAUAAUUUCGUGGGGCUUGUGAUGGUCCAAGGGUGACGUCCCCUCGCGAGGAUUGUGAGUGAAUAAACAGUGAAAACUAGUGGUGCUGCUGGUGGUGGAGACAAUGUUGUCCAUCAAGAAGCUGUACAGGGAGGAGCUGCUCCAGCUCGCCCUUCUGUUGUCCCUCCUCAGGGUGGAUCCUGAGAGUUAUCUGGGCCUGGACAUUCAGAGCAUUGGUGUGGGGUCUCUGAAUCUUCAUAAUGGGUCUGGAUGGCACACUGAUGCCAGGACUAUCGUCCACAGACCCAUGUUUGUGCACCCCAAGAACCUGGACUCGAUGCUGAUUAAUUAUGAGAGGGAUUUGUUUGAGGAGCUCAAUUCACUGGGGAGGUACAACAGAUUAAAUGCAGCCAAUGAUAUUCAUGCGUAUUUGUUGAACGUCGAGGAUCAUGCGAGAAAUCUUGAAGAGACUGCUGGACCCAGUGUUGAAGAGUCUGGAGGGAAUCAGAGAAAUGCCAGUGAACCUGAUCUAACCAGUGAAGCUCAGAGGAGCAGACAGGAUACCAGUGAUGAACUGACACAAGAGGAUAUGGAUCUUAUCGAGGUGCUGUGGAAGCAGGACGUCGAUCUGGGUCUUCCCCUAGUCGAUCCAGAACAGGGGAGUCAGAGUCCCUCGACUUCGGAUAAAAAUUCGCCGGAUGAAAUUGAAAAGCUCAAGACUUUGGAAGCCAUCAACGCAACGAAAAUUGAGGAUAAUAACGAGACCGGGGAGCCGAAGGAGGACGAUCCUUGGGCUGGACUUUCCUACACGAUUGACCUCGAAACAGGUGAAUACAUACCAACGGGUAGCCCAAGUGGUUGUGGUAACAGUACUGGAGAGAGCGGUGACCAGUUCCUGGGAGCUCCUUCAUUGAAUCUCGACGACUCACCGAUCGGCCUCACCGAUGAUUCUCUCGGUCUGAAUGAUAGUCUGGGACUUGAAGAUGAUUUUGCAUCGGAGCUGCUGAGUGAUAGUUUGCUCGGUGGUGACGGGGUUGAGGGCCUGCUCAGCAACGAGUCGCUGGGUCUGCCCGACGGAUUCAAUCUCGAGGAGGCGCUGCAGCUUGUGGGCCUCAAUGAGGUGCAACCAGAGGAAAUAAAGCAAGAAGAGAAGAAGAAGAAGACUGACUGUGCGAAAUCAAAUUCCCCUGAUCUCCCUAGUGGCAGUGAAUCAGGAAACGAUCGCAAUUCAUUAAGCAGUGACGAUCUUGAGGACGACAUGAUUCACACACCGCAGUUCCAUCAUCCCCAUCAUUCUCACCGGCCCCUGCAGGGUCGUGUGCCACCAUUUAUGCGCACCAUGAGCAUGGACCAGAGAUGGCCAGACUUGUCGACGUUCCUGACGACCCCAGAUCACUUCACCCACCCAGCUCAUCCCUACCCAGGACACGGCAUAAGUCAUCACAGCCAUUACGACGCUCAACGUAAUGUCCUUCUGCACAACGCCACCCUGGCACCCCCAGUCGGCGAUCUCAAUUCCACUGGUCCAUACCACCACGCCGGUGGUCCAUCGAAUUUUGGAUCGGCAGUUGCCACAUCGAUGAAUCUCACCAACAGCAGUGAACCAAUGGGACCUGAGAACACUGGGGCGUACAAAUCUGAACCCAGUGAGAUGAUGUAUUACCAACCACCAACCACCGACUCUAUGAAUCAAUCCUCGGAGACCCUCUUCUCUUCUUUACUUACUGAGGAGGACUUUGCGCUGAUGGAUAUGGGAGUAAAUGAAAGCAUGUACUCGAUGAGAAUGCUGGACAACAGCAGCAACAAUGCGUCAGGACCAACAGGUGCAGCUGCAUUGCCUGGAGUACAGGGGGCGGGUAAUAAUGGAGGAUCUGGAGCUGGUGUUACCUCGCUGGGAGGUGUCACUGACGAGAGGAUGGACGCAUCCAGUGACAGCGCCGUCAGCAGCAUGGGGAGCGAACGUGGACCACUAUCUGAUGGAGAGUGGAUGGAGACUGGAUCCAAUUCCAGUCACACACAGCCUGAUUCACAUUAUUCCAUGGAUUAUGCGAGUAAAUAUCGCAUGCCAUAUGACUGCAAUUACUCGAUAGGGGGGAGGAAUGGAGGGUCACCACGUUGCCAAGCUGACCGGAUACCUCCUGUUGCCCAGAAGAAGCACCAAAUGUUUGGGAAGAGGUGUUUCCAAGAGCAAGGGACUGGGUCUUUGCUUGGUGCCAGUCCCCAUCCAACUACCCCAAUAAAGUACGAAUAUGAUGCCCACACCGUAGGUGCUGGACCUCCGGGUAAUGCAUAUUCAGGACCAAUUGAAGGCGCAGCUGGACCUCAACCGGAGCUCAAAUACAGUUGCAGUGUUGAUUUUUCACGACAUCAAGCCGUGCCACAAAUCCCCGGAAGAACAGCUUUGGAGCAUGUUCACCAUAACCACACGUACCACCUUCCUGGUGACAACUCUGGACCGAUGCAGAGACCAUUGUCGCGUGACAAAAAAGGUAAAGCACGAAAACACGACGCAGACGAACACUUGACCAGAGAUGAGAAGAAAGCGAGAUCCCUCAAUGUCCCGAUAACUGUUCAGGACAUCAUAAAUUUACCCAUGGACGAGUUUAACGAACGUCUGAGUAAAUACGAUCUCAGUGAGCAACAGUUGACGCUUAUUCGUGACAUAAGAAGGCGUGGAAAGAACAAAGUAGCGGCGCAAAAUUGUCGCAAACGUAAGCUCGAUCAGAUUAUCAGUCUUGCUGAUCAAGUUAAGGAAAUGCGUGAUCGUAAAUUGCGUCUUAUUCGUGAACGGGAAUUUAUGUUAAUGGAGACACAACGGGUUAAAGCCAAGUAUCAUCAGCUGUAUGCUCAUGUAUUCCAGUCGAUGCGAGACCCAGAUGGCAACCAAUACAGUCGUAACGAGUACAGUUUUCAGCAAUCAGCCGAGGGAAAUGUUCUCCUCGUACCAAAAAAUCAGACAAAUUCCCAUCACUCGCGAUCAUCGACAAUGGAACCAAAAACAAAACCUGAUCCUGAUCACAAGGAAUGAAAUUCAUGUUAUCGUCCUCCAUUGCGAUUGAUAAUCAGGAGAUCACCGUUCAAAAUAUGUAUUCAACGUACAGUAGGAUUGCGUUGGUCACGAUGAACCGAUCGAUGGAUAAAACAACGAAAACAAUAAUCAGCAGGUUAAUAAACUAAUAAAAUCAAGUCUGAGAAUUUUGUGCAGCUGUAGAUCAUGCUGUUGAGUUUACCUGGACGAUGAUUAACUUCUGGUGAUGCUUGGCCAUGAGAGCUGAGGUACUGAGUAUUAACGGCGAUGCUCUAAUAGCUCUACCAGAGGCCAUUAUUAUUUAUCUCGCUCAAGUUAAUGAGGGAAUUGACGAAUGCUGAGUGUUUAAAUGCCAAUGAAUGAUUAAACCUACCUCGAUUUUUCAAUCAUAAUUUCAUAGUGAAAAUUAUUCUCGGUGAGUUUGAUAAAGCAUUAAUCAAGAUAAUUAAGGAAAUGUUGUUCAAUGUUUCGUGUAAUCGGAUAUGAAUUUAUUGUUAAUUAUUCGAAAUGAAAAUGAACGAGUCAGGGAAGACGAAAAAUAAUUAUGAGCCGAUGAUUAAAUGCGUUUCCCCAUCCGGAUUUUAUUGAUUAUCUCGAUGAUCGAUAGGAAGUGGUUUGAAGAGGAAAUGUAACAAGAUUUCCGAUUUCUUUGUAGCCAAUGAAAUUGUCUACAAAAAAAUCAGUGAAUAUUCAAUAGACAUUUUCACAUCAAUCGACUCGUUCUCGGUGUCAUUCGAAUUUCGCAAUCACGAAGAAACGAUUCGUUUUAUCACUUCGGUCGUGAGAUUAAACGAGAAAAUGAAAAUCGAGGUUCCGCCAGACGUGAGGGAUUAACGAAUCCCAGAUAUUUCUCCCACCCAGUACUUUAACCUCCUGCGUGACCGAGGGACAAGAGAAAUCCACUGGUUCAAGAGCCGAAAAAUUAUUUUGUUUUAUUGUUUUGGCGACAGCUGGUGUCUGUUCAACCCUGUGCAUUCAUUAAAGACAAAUGCUUCUUGUAAAGAUUCACGUACAAAUUUGAUUUGUAUAGAUUAGUUUAAGAAGGUAAUAGGAAGAUAAUUCAAUCGGGAAGUGGGCAAAGUCAACGAGUUUUUAAUGAUUGUCCCUGAACCUAAACGAGAUAUUCUCCAAAAAAAAAUCACUGAGGGUAAAGGACUGAAAAAUUUCAAGAAUUGUCAGUAGAUCUGUAGAUUAUCUACAGAUUUGGUUGUCCUCACCGGAGAGGUCCUCAGAAAUUGUCACCUGAACCCCAGAAUCAUCACCAUAAACACAAAUAAAAUUGUCACAUUGAGCUUCACCUUUUCUACCACUCAAUCUAAAACGAAAACUCGAAUGCAUCAUAUUGCGAUCACUGAGUGAUCAUACAGCGCAUAAAUUGUAACUUGUUAGGUGCUAAGUAAUGACAAAAUCCUCCACCUGUCCCCCAGAGAAGGACAGGGGAAGCGAAAAGGGGGAAAAACUAAUUCCACCAGACCAGUCGUAAUGAGCGAAGGGAAAUUAAUUUUCCAUGGAGAUAUAUUUAAAAAACUUAUUGUGCAACAAUAUGAAGGGGAAGAUAAUAGAUAACAUUUCCUGCAAUUUGUGCAUUUAACUGAUUUAUGACGCAUAUUGUGGUUUGAUUAAUAAAAGGCAAAUGAUUGAGGUAUAUUCUGAAUAAAUGCAAAGUUGAUGAUUAUUCAUAAAUCUAUGAGAAAAAAAUGAAAACCUGUGCAUAAGUGACUGCUGCAUUGCUACAAUAUUUAUACUGCAUACACUGUAUUGCGAUAUAAUGAAAAAUUUUAACUAAAGAAUCAAUAUUUUUAUAUAAUGUUAACAGACAAAGAAAAUAAUAAAGUUGAUAGAGAGAAAAAAAAUAACAUAAUUCAGGUAUUUCACAUUUGCCUUUUUAUGUAAAUAUCUAUGUAGCUAGUAUAAUUUUUCUAUAAGUAUAUUGCGUAAUUAUGCUAUACGAUAUCAUUAACGAAAGAUGUGUUUAAAAAUUAAACGAAAAAGACGAAUAAACGUAAGGAAUCUAUUACAGCUAAUUCGAGAGAUGGAAAAAAAUUAUGUAAGGGUAGUUUUGUUUUUUUUUUCGUUCUCGACUGUUCAUUUUGACGAAUGUAUUUACAGUACUGGGUGUGGGAUAUAAAGCUUUCACGUACCGUACUUGGCAGAUAGAGAUCGAGGUUAUGAGUAAUUUUUUUAAUUUUAUUUAUUUUUUGUUCGGAAAAUAAAAGGAAAAUGAAGAAAAUUACUCGAACAAAUUUAUUGUCCCACCUCUUACAUGGGGGUUUUGUAUAAGACUUGCAUUUUUAGAUCUCUAAUCGCCAUUUUCAUUGUAUAAAGAGGAUUUAAUAAAGUAUAUGGGUUACAGGAA